AUGGGUAAAUUGCAAAAACCCGAUACCGUAUUGACGGCGAGUUCAUAUUAUUCAUCAAAAGCACCAAUUUCACCAUCGUCAUCUCUUUCUAUCACUCGCUCGUCAUCUUCGGAUUCUAUUACUACUUCGGAUAACGAUCAAACCAAUUUAAUUCGAAAUAGUAAUAAUUUAAAUAAUUUACCAAAAACACCUACUAUCAAAUUUAAUAAUAUCUCUAGUAAUAAUUCAAAAGAGAGUAAACAACAAAAACACCAAUCACAAUUUAAAAUACAUCGAUAUACAAUUUAUGAUGAUGAGAAAGAAGAAUUUAUUGAAAUCAUAGAAGAAGAAUGGGAUGGUGAAGGUGAUCCACCUAAUCGAGAACAAAAGAGAAAUACUGUAAUAAUAAUGGAUAAAGAUUUACCCAAGUUACCAAUUGAACCUUCUUCAUUAGAUAAAAAUUCUCUUGAUGAUAAUAAUAAUUCGUUGAGAAAAUUUAUUAAAUGGUUAGAAACCAAUCAUCCAUCAAUAUUUGAAUUUAUUAACAAAUAUCAAAAGAUAUUAGUCAUUUCAUUUGUAUCAUUUUUAAUUUUAUUGUUUCUUAUUAUUAUUCUUGCAUGUGCAUUAUGA